CCCUGGGGAACUGUAUCUCCGCCGGAGCUGUUCAGGAAAGAUUCCCACCCCUUUCUUAAUGAGUCUGAGUGAGUAAUAGAGAUGUUCCUAAGGGACGGUGUUGUAAGGAGUGCUACGUGCAUGUUCAGGACCAGAGAGCAGGUCCCCACUAGCUUUUCCCUGCUGUUGUGCAGCAGACAUCUAUGCGUGUCCCAUCUUGACAGAAGAGAUAAGCUAGCUGCCUGCUGAUGGGAACUUGCCUGGCAAUUACAGCCACUGGUCCUCCUCUCGCAUUGUCCUUAUCAGAUCUCCAGGCUUGGCAAGUCUGUUUGUUGCGCAGUGAAUGGCAAUGUGUUUAGGGCUAUUCAGCCUGGGAUGUGAUAAGAUUUGUCUGGUGUGAGUUGUGUUCAAAGCAUUUAGUUUGUAUUACCCUUUCCCCCACCCAGGAGCAAGCAUUCUCCAGCCAGUAAUCUGCUGCAAUUAAAGCCCGGUGGCUGCUUCACUGCUGGGGUGGUGUCGGAGGGAGCAGCGUGAAGAGACCGGGAGGCAGCCAGAGAGACACGGCCAGGGCCAUCAAAGGGAAUCUGUUCAAGCUGAUUUUGGAACAACAGAUAGUUUUGACUUGACAACUCCUUCCUCUGCAGACCUCAGCCAUGACCUUAGAUGCAGCAUGGGUCACUCCUUUGGACCUUCUCAAAGCUGUUGGGUGGUAAGGUGGCUUGCUGCUUCACAGCGAGGAUGAGGGGUACGUGGCUUUAGUGAUGUGAGCAUGGGAGAACAGCCCUUUUUUUUUCUCUCUCUCUCUUUCUUUCCAGCCUGUGAGCUGGAAUCCUUGUGGCUUUUAAAAAACUUGCUAUUUCUCCCUUAGCUUUUCUUUUUUUUUUUUUUUUAAAUUUUUCCAGUGGAUGAGCCACCCUUGGCAUCAUGCCUGGUGCGUGUGACUCAAACAGCUUCAGCUUGUUUGACGGAUUCCUGCAAAUCCUCAGAGUUGUCCAACCCACCCGGGCUCAGCACUGGAGCCCAUGAGAAACGCACUCGAGAGGAGUCGUGCGGUGCCAGCAGCCUUGUUCUCCCUGUGCGGGAUGGAGCAGGGCGCCCCAGACUCGGCCGUCACUCUCGCUGCCUGCUCUUGGUGUCCCAUGGGGUUGAAUCUGAGAUGGCUGCUCAGAGCUGCAUGGAGGGAGGUCCCCGUGGACCUUCUGUGUAUGGCGCAAUGCGGCAUGUCUUUUUUUUUUUCCUUAUUUGAGUUCCAGCCAGUUGGCCUCACGCUGACUUUGUUGUGGGAAGUGGUCUGCUUGAAGUCAGAGGAGUUUGGCUUGGGGCAUCUCAGAAGUCCCCUGGCUUCCACUGUUGGAAGGCAGGCGCCUGUUCAUUGAAUACCUCUGUUUGUUGAACUUAAUUGGGCUCACCCAAGGGCUAAUUUUUUCAGCGGCACUGAAUACCUCAGUACCUCCUACUGAUAGUAGAUGGUGUGGUGAGAGAUCAGCAUCUCUGAUGCUCCAACUGCAUGAGCCAUGGUAUCACAGCUUCCUUUUAGCUUGCACAGGUUUGCAAAGCUAGAUUUUUUUUAAUUUUAUUUUUAAAUCUGGUCAUGGAAGCUUUAAGAUGAGAAUCCAAACAAGAAGAGUUCGUUUUGGAUGUGAACUGGGGUGUCUGUGCCUCAGUUUCCCCAUCUGCAAGAUGAGGGGGCUGCCAUUUUCCUUACUUAAUGGUAAGAUAAAACUGCUGGAGAUCUCAGUCUUUUGGAGCAAGAUGCAAGUGAAGUGUAAGACCUUAUGAUGCUGAUCCUUUGUGGAGACCUCUUUGGAAGAUCGUUUUCCCAUUAAGCUAAUAAUAGAUCAUCCAGCAAAUCUGGGUAAAGCUGGGGGAUCCCAAAAGCCCAGGAGAGGGAGAAGCCAUGAGCCUUCUAUGCAUCUUCCCUUUGCUGGUAGGGAAGCUUUCAACACAAGUGCAUUUUUAUCUCCAGGCGUGUUUUUGAAAGCCUUUCCCACAACCCACAUUCCUGGCAUGACCCCAUGAGGGAAAGAAUCAGAGAAAUGAAGGCUGGAAAUGGAACUGGAUGGCAUGUAAUCAGUCUUUUGACAUCCCUUCCCCACCCUUUGCUGGUUCGGUUUGUUCUGCUGCCCCUCAGGCAAGCUGGGGACCCACAAGACUUGACUCAUCUGUUUGUUCGGGUUGAUGAAAUGGCCCCUGAUGCCUUAUGAAGCAGCUUCCUUGCACACAAACCACCUCUUCCCUCUCUGCACACAACUCAUAUCAUACAAAAAUGUUGAUACAGACCUCGAAGUUGUCUAAGUGAGAUGUCCCCUGCAAAGGUGUAAGAUCAUGACUUGGCCAUGGGAAUGAAAACCAUCCAUCAGACUGAAUUUGAGCUCUCCAUGGAGAUGGGAGAUGCCAGUCACUGUGGCACCACUGCCUUCUGAUAGGAUAGGGAGAGCGAUGGAGUCUGAGGCUACACCCAUCCCUGGUGCUGUGGAUCUGCUGCACUGCUUGAUGCAGGUUCCUUCUUUCACUGCUGCCCCCAGCCCUGAAGAGUGGUGGGUUUUUCCCCACAUUUUAGCUCUCCAGCUAGCUUUGUCCUUGCUCCUCCUUAUUUCCCACAUAUAAAGGAAGAGAAAUUGCACCCUACAGCUGAAGGGGGAUGAUGCUGGUGGAGAGCCUACUGGAGGCUGAUGGCCUUUAAUCCCUUGCCCCCAGGUUCAGAGCAGGGAUACUGCUUCCAUACUUCCCACAGGGGCUCCUUCCCAUUUUAGUUGGUCUGAACGCAGCAACUUCAGUGCCUUCCCUCGAGGAGCCAUCCCGCUCUGAUUAACUUCUUAAGCAGGAGGUUAGUGCUCAUGGGCACCAGCUCCCUUGUGCUUAUUGUGGCCUUGGCUUCUGCAUCUCCUGGACCAAUCCUCUCCUGUACACGCCCUCCAGACCCACAGACCUGCUUAUCCAGUCUCCUGCUCACGUCAGUGUUUGGCUGAGAAUUGCAGGCCCGCCUGCCCCCAGUUGGAAGCCCAGCUUGCCCUCAGGUCAAACAUGGCCACCACCCUCUUGCCAGUAAUCGCUUGUUGGGUCUCUGCUGUCCCAAGGCACCCUCUGGUAACACAGUAAAGCCUUUUCCAGUGCCAGCAGUGUGAGCAUGGGCACCCCAUACCAGUGGAAGCCAACUGCCCUUUGGCCAGGAUGAGCAUCUAUAUGGGUCCCAGGACAGGCACUCCCAGUCAGGAACGAUUUGAAAUCUUCAACCUGAAUAUGAAGACUGGAGACACCCUAAAGAUCAAGGGCAAGAUAUCUGAGGAUGCUGACAACUUCAGCAUCAAUCUUGGAAGCAGCUCCUCGGAUCUCGCAUUUCACUUCAGUCCUCGCUUCAAUGAGUCUGUCAUUGUCUGCAACUCCAGGUGCUCCAAGGCCUGGCAGUCAGAGCAUCGUGAUCAUCACCUCUGUUUCUCCAAGGGCUCUGUUGUCAAGUUCACCAUUGAAAUGCAGGAAGACAAAUUCCAAGUGAAACUACCGGAUGGGCAUGAAGUGGAAUUCCCCAACCGCCACAGCUACAGCAACAUCAGCUACUUGAGUGUCAAGGGAGGCUUCAGGAUCACCUCCUUCAAACUGGACUGAUGUGUGCCAAUUCCUAGCUCUAAUAAAACUCAAGCAGUGGGAGACUGCUUGCUCCA